AUGGUACCGCCUCUCAUUACGCUCGAAGAGCACUUCUUCUCCUCCGCCGUAGGCCACAGCCUAGACGAUAAAUAUGGCGAGCAAUUCAAAGCCAUCCCCGGCCUCGAAGACCAACUUCGCGAUCUAGGUGACCUCCGCCUCUCCUACAUGGACAAAGGCAAAGUCUCACUACAGGUCAUCUCACACGGCCCAGGCACCAUGACCGUCGACCAAUGCCACGCAGCGAACGACCAACUCGUCGCCGCCGUGAAGAAGAACCCAGAGCGCUUUGCCGGCUUCGCUGUCCUGCCCAUGUCUGUGCCCGAAGCCUGCGGACCGGAAUUGGAGAGAACAGUCAAAGAUCACGGCUUCGUGGGCGCACUGAUAGAUUGCCAUGUUAAUGGAAAGUACUACGAAGGCAGCGAAUACGACGAUUUCUGGAUGACGGCCGAACGCCUCGAUGUCCCCAUCUACAUCCACCCGAGCUGGCCAUCAGACGACAUGUCCCCACGCUACCAAGGUGAAUUCACGGCCGGCGCAGCGAAGAGUCUCGGUGCGUCGGGCUGGGGCUGGCAUAAUGAGGUGGCGUUGCAUACUCUCCGUCUCUACGCCUCGGGACUCUUCGAUAAAUGCCCCAAGCUGAAAAUCAUCCUCGGGCAUUUCGGCGAAAUGAUCCCCUUCAUGCUUGAUCGUAUUACGAAAUUAAGUGUAUGGGACGAAAAUAUCUGGAUCACGACUUCGGGUGUUUGGAGCUUGGAUCCGCUGAGGUGUAUUUUGGGGAAUACGAAGAUUGAGCGGAUUUUGUAUAGUGUGGAUUAUCCGUUUGAGAGGAAUGAGAAUGGGUUGGUUUGGAUGGAGGAGUUGGAGCUGAGUGGGUUGGUCACAAGGGAGCAGUUGGAGAUGAUUGCUUAUAAGAAUUCGGAGAAGUUGUUGGGGGUCAAGGCGCCGCGGCGAGAGGGUUGA